GGGGGCUGUCGCUAGAAGUCCGGGGGACGCAGGAGAGGAUCAGGCAGAUCUCGGGGCUGGAGGAGAAAUCUCAGCUCCCCGUUACCCCUUCGUUACCAGCCGAGUCUCCUCCAGAUCUGCGCGACCCCAGCGCCCGACUCUCCCGCUAAUUCCUAACGGGGAUCUGUCCUUGGUGCUGAAAUCCGGGGCCGCCUGUAGCGCAGAGAAACCGGGAGAUCUGCGGCCCAGAGAAGCAGUCGCACCGGGAGCUGGAGGAGUCGGGAGGGGUCGGGGGGCUGCGGGGAUGGAGGCGGGAGAGCUGGGGGGCUGAGACACAGGCCGGGGAAUCUGAUCCCAAACUGACACCAACUCGGGCCUUUCCCUGGCGAGCGACAAACUCACAUUUACCGGCUGCUCCUGAGACUAAAGGAUAAAGGACCCCCAGACUAAUACUGUAAGGAUUUAACUGGAGCCUCUCACUGACAACGACCCCACAUCUCCCCGCCCCUUGGGACCCUCCUACCAACAAAGAGACCCCCCUCCAGGCUGGACACAAACUCCAACCCUUCAUACUUGGGCCCCUCAUUAACAAAGAGAGACCUGAACAAGUCUCCCCCAUUUCCAUGGACCUAAUUCCCCACAAGCAGACCCCCAGGUAAAGGUAAAACCCCAAACCCCCAUUUGAGAUCCUUUUACUGACAAGAGCACCCCAAGAAAGAGAAGAGAUAACCAGCACCCCGUCUGGGAGACCCGAACUAGGCAUCAAGUACAAGAUCACAACUAGGCACCCCGACAUUUACAGUGUUAUCAUCACUGGAGACGCCCUGAUCUACAAACACAAAGAGCGAGCCCCUUGGGGAAACAGUUAAAGGAAAUCCACCCCUCUGUUGUCCUACAUAUAAAGACAUUUAUACAGGGAGGAGAAGGGAAGCAGAGCCUCCAGCACCUUGACCUGUAAAGGAGUUCUCCAAGAGUAGUCCCAUUCAUAGGGUUCCAGUCACACACCUUCCUUGGUGUUCCAUUAUCAUUCUCUGAAAUGGUCAAGGACUUUGCAAACUAAAACUUUCCUAGACGGAAUUAAAGGUCAAGAACCACAUUCUACGGAUACUUCCAACUGAGCUUCCAAGAAGCAGCCAUCAGUCCUACAGAUGAACAAGGUCACCUCUCCAAGAUUGACUUAGAUGCCAUCACCUCCCUGUGGAAAUUAGCACUCUCACAGGACCCCAAAAUCACCCAACCUCAUCGCCUAACUGGAGUCAAUUUUACAUCUCUCCAAACAAAGGUGCCGUCACCCACCCGCAUACAAUCAACCAAGUCAACGAUGAUUCAGUUCCCUCCCGAUGCUCCUUAACCGGAUUUGAGGCUGACAACGGAUUCUUUGAAUAAGGAAUUUACAAUGCUGGUGGAGAAAGAGACCAUGUUUUCCGUAUAGGAGUGCUGUUUGACUCUGGAAAAGCUGAAGUCGGAGAGAAUGCUGGGAUUCUGCCGGGGGAGAAGGAAGUUCCUGUUUGCCUCUCUGACCCUACUCUUCAUUCCAGCCAUCACCUGGAUUUACCUCUUCACCGGAAACUUUGACAAUGGCAAGACGGUGUCUCUGUCUCCGUUGGAUGCUCAGCCUCACAGCCCGCGGUACAUGGCCUCCAGCCAGCGGGAGAGCUUGGAAGUGCGGGUGCGAGAAGUGGAGGAAGAAAACCGGCAGCUCCGCAAGCAGCUCGGCCUGGCGCAGCGUCGGGUUCCCUCGCAUGGAAACCGCUCCAAAACCUACUCUAUGGAGGAAGGAACCGGGGACAGUGAAAGUCUACGGGCCGGGAUUGUGGCCGGUAACAGCUCUGAGUGUGGGCAGCUGCCGGCCGUGGAGAAGUGUGAGACCAUUCACGUGGCCAUCGUGUGCGCCGGAUAUAACGCCAGUCGAGAUGUUGUCACCCUUGUGAAGUCCGUCUUGUUCCACAGGAGGAACCCACUCCACUUCCACCUGAUCGCAGACACAAUCGCUAAGCAAAUCUUGGCCACUUUAUUCCAAACGUGGAUGGUGCCGGCGGUGCGCGUGGAUUUCUAUGAUGCAGAUGAGUUAAAGUCUGAAGUCUCCUGGAUCCCAAACAAACAUUACUCAGGAAUAUAUGGGCUGAUGAAGCUGGUGCUUACGAAGACCCUCCCGGCCAGUCUGGAAAGAGUCAUUGUCCUGGACACCGAUAUCACGUUUGCUACAGACAUCGCCGAGCUCUGGGCCGUCUUUCAUAAAUUCAAAGGGCAGCAAGUGCUCGGAUUGGUGGAGAAUCAAAGCGAUUGGUACCUGGGAAAUUUAUGGAAAAACCACCGUCCUUGGCCGGCUCUGGGGAGAGGGUACAACACAGGGGUGAUCCUACUGCUCCUGGACAAGCUGAGGAAGAUGAAAUGGGAACAGAUGUGGCGCCUCACCGCUGAGCGAGAGCUAAUGAGCAUGCUCUCUACGUCACUGGCUGAUCAGGACAUCUUCAAUGCCGUCAUCAAGCAGAACCCAUUCUUGGUGCACCAGCUCCCCUGCUUCUGGAACGUGCAACUGUCUGAUCACACCCGCUCGGAACAGUGCUACAGGGAUGUCUCUGAUCUUAAGGUCAUACACUGGAACUCACCCAAGAAGCUUCGAGUAAAGAACAAGCACGUAGAAUUCUUUCGGAACCUCUACCUGACAUUUCUAGAAUAUGAUGGAAAUCUCCUGCGGAGGGAACUCUUCGGGUGUCCCAGUGGGGCCGAUGUCAACAGUGAAAAUCUCCAGAAGCAGCUGUCUGAGUUGGACGAGGAUGACCUGUGCUACGAGUUCAGAAGGGAACGUUUCACAGUUCAUCGCACCCAUCUCUUCUUUCUACACUACGAGUACAAGCCGGCAGGAGACGACAUGGACGUCACUCUUGUAGCGCAACUUUCCAUGGACAGGCUCCAAAUGUUAGAGGCCAUCUGCAAACACUGGGAAGGUCCCAUCAGCCUGGCGCUCUACCUUUCUGAUGCCGAGGCCCAGCAGUUCCUGCGUUAUGCCCAAGGCUCUGAGGUUCUUCUCAACCGGCGCAAUGUUGGCUACCACAUCGUGUACAAGGAAGGCCAAUUCUACCCGGUCAACCUGCUGAGGAACGUGGCCAUGAAACAUGUCAGCACUUCUUAUAUGUUCCUCUCGGACAUUGACUUCCUGCCUAUGUAUGGACUCUACGAGAGCCUCAGGAAGACUGUGGUCCAGUUGGACAUGAAGAACACCAAGAAGGCGCUGAUCAUCCCGGCCUUUGAGACUCUCCGCUACCGACUGUCCUUUCCCAAAUCUAAGGCGGAGCUGCUGUCUAUGUUGGACAUGGGAACCCUAUUCACCUUCAGGUACCACGUCUGGACCAAAGGACACGGCCCAACAAACUUUGCCAAGUGGCGCACAGCGACCACCCCAUACAGAGUGGAGUGGGAGGCGGAUUUUGAGCCCUAUGUGGUGGUCAGACGGAACUGCCCCGAGUACGACCGGAGGUUUGUUGGCUUUGGCUGGAACAAAGUGGCUCAUAUAAUGGAACUGGAUGCACAGGAAUAUGAAUUCACGGUGCUCCCCAACGCCUACAUGAUUCACAUGCCCCACGCCCCCAGCUUUGACAUCACCAAGUUCCGAUCCAACAAGCAGUACCGGGUCUGUCUGAAGACGCUAAAGGAGGAAUUCCAGCAAGACAUGUCCCGGCGUUACGGCUUCACCGCACUGAAAUACCUCACGGCUGAAAACAACGGCUAAUGCCAAACGGGAACGAGGGGAUCUCACCCAGCCGAGUGCCCCAAAUACAAGUCUUUGGGCCAACACCGAGCGCCUGAGCCUUAGUUAUGGUGGAUGGCGAAAGGUUUACAAAGAAAGCCACUUGCGAGUUCUCCUCUGCUUCGAAUUCUGCUGCAGAGCCGCCCCUUCCUUACAAAUAUCUCACUCUGCUAAAGGAAAGAAAUCCAUUUCCAUCCCCAAGGGUCCAGUGAAGCCCCAAUUACACUGGAAUCGAUUCAUUUACAAUCACGGCAGCUCUAAAAUGAUGUAAAGCUGAUUGGCCAAUUUUAGGGGACGUUCAGCCCUCCCUUUGUAUUUUGCACAUACUUUAUAAAAGACUUUCAAUUUAAGGACAGAUACACAGGAAAGUCAGGCUGAUGCAGAACCGCCACUUACCUGCAGGUGGCAGUAUGUAAAGGGGUAUCAGAUAUGCAGCCAAUGGCUUGUGCAGUGCAGUCAUUAGCCAGCAGGGGGCAGUGUUAUAGUUACACUUGCUGAGCAGAGAUACAGAAUAUGCAAGAGAAAACCAAGUCGGAUGCAUUUCUAACAUUUACCUGCAGAGGGCAGCACUGGGGAUACAACAGGCUGGUGCAGUUCUGACUUUCACCCGCAGGUGGCAGCAUUGAACAUUCUAUCCUUUGUGACUGAUACAACCACAGAAGAGACUUGUCAGUAUUAAUUUGUUAUGAAUAAUUAAAGGGCAUUCCUUUCUAUUUUUGUAUCGUAUUCAUCCCUGUAUAGAGGCGUGGUCCCCCCCCCCCGGUGACCAAUCAGUCAAUGUGUAAAUAUAAGGAUGGAGGUACCAUGCAGGGAGAGAUGGGGGGCCCAUUGUUUGUUGGUAACAUCAGCUCUAUACAAAUUGUACCGUAUCAGUGUCUGGGCUGGAAGAAACCAUCAUAUUCCCUGCUAAUGUGAAUGCUGAGUAACAGGAGCUCCCCUAUAUGCAGCAUGGAGUAAACCAGGGAUCUGGAUCCUGAGCCCCUCCCUCUUCAAACAAUCA